UUCUCCUGCUCCUCCUCAGCAGCACAGUCGCCAUGGCGGACAGCGCGAGCGAGAGUGACACCGACGGCGCGGGCAGCAGCUCGGCCACCCCGAUGUCGACUUGCGCCUCCAACUCGGGAAAGCCGAGCAUCGUGAUCUCCCAGUUUCGCCUGGAGGAGCUCACCAACCGACUGGCCUCACUACAGCAGGAAAACAAAGUUCUGAAAAUCGAGCUGGAGACGUUCAAACUCAAGUGCAAAGCGCUGCAGGAGGAGAAUCGGGACCUGCGCAAAGCUAGCGUCACUAUUCAAGCGCGAGCCGAGCAGGAGGAAGAGUUCAUCAGCAACACCUUGUUCAAGAAGAUCCAAGCCCUCCAGAAGGAGAAGGAGACCCUGGCUGUCAACUAUGAGAAGGAGGAAGAAUUUCUCACCAACGAGCUCUCCAGGAAGCUCAUGCAACUCCAGCACGAGAAGGCUGAACUGGAGCAGCACCUGGAGCAGGAGCAGGAGUUCCAGGUCAACAAGCUCAUGAAGAAGAUCAAGAAGAUGGAGAACGAGACCAUCUCCAAGCAGCUGACUUUGGAGCAGUUGAGACGGGAAAAGAUCGACCUCGAGAACACAUUAGAGCAGGAACAAGAAGCUCUCGUCAACAGACUGUGGAAGCGGAUGGACAAGCUGGAGGCAGAGAAAAGGAUCUUACAGGAGAAGUUGGACCAGCCGGUGUCGGCCCCUCCAUCCCCGCGGGACGUCUCCAUGGAGAUCGACUCCCCGGAGAACAUGAUGCGGCAUAUCCGCUUCCUGAAGAACGAGGUGGAGAGGCUUAAGAAAAGCCUGCGCACCACCGAGCUGCAACACACAGAGAAGCGGGCGCAGUACAUUGAGGAGGAGCGGCACAUGAGGGAGGAGAAUAUCCGGCUGCAGCGGAAGCUCCAGCGGGAGAUGGAGCGUCGCGAGGCGCUGUGCCGACAGUUGUCGGAGAGCGAGUCCAGCCUGGAGAUGGACGACGAGCGGUACUUCAACGAGAUGUCGGCGCAGGGCCUUCGAGCCAGGACGGUGUCCAGCCCCAUCCCGUACACACCCUCCCCCAGCUCCAGCCGCCCCAUAUCCCCUGGUCUCUCGUAUGGUGGCCACACGGUCGGCUUCACCCCGCCGGCCACUCUGUCCAGAGCCGCCAUCUCCCACUACAACACCCCCGCCCUGCACGUCCACGGAAGCUCCUCCCACUCUGUAGCGAGGCCCUCGCCGAGGAGAAGCACCAGCCCAGACAAAUUCAAACGUCCGACCCCCCCGCCGUCCCCCAACACGCACUCAGGGGCCCUGCAGCCUCAGCCCCCGCUACCCCCGCCGGCCCAGCCCAUGGUCCAGUCCAUGUCCUCCCCGGCGGCCAUGUCGCAGCACGCCGCCGCCUCUGCGCAGCCGCCUCCCUCCCAGCCUUAGCGCCGCACGCACGCGCACACACGUCUCCGCCUCGGGGCGCGCAAGGGCGCCCGACGGAUGCCACGACGCCAAAACCGCAGCAGCUUCCGUCAUUAGCGAGCUCUGGAAGAAGCGCUCAGAAGCAGCUUACAAAGUUUUUAAAGAGGAGAGAAGCGACGCGGCCGCGAUGCCGAGCGGCCAAAACACACAUGGCGGCAUUUUCCUAAUUGCUCUUCAAACGGAACAGAAGCACGGAAAUAUAAUCGCUUUUGGGACUCGUCGGCCAAUUAUCCGUUCCGCCCUCCUGUCGUGUACACGUUUUGUUUUUUCCUUUGCUUUGUUUGGAACUUGAGCUGGUUGCAAUUGUUGUUGUGGCGCUUUUCAGAUAGCACAAACAGCACAGGCUUUAUUUUGUUGUCAUUUUGCGAUAGAUGGAUGUUUGCCUCAGCAGAUGGAUGUAUGGCCCUCUCUGUGGAUGUGAUCGAUUGUUUUCUCGCCUUAUCAUGUGGCACUCGAUUGCAGUAGUAUGUGCCCCUCACCAUCACUGCCCACACUACCCCUUCAGCCAUUUGUCAGUUUCAUCCGUUCACUCACGUUGUGUGAGAAGACCCCCAAAGAGGUCUUUAUCAUUGCGUAUUCAACAUGAAGCUCGCAUCACCGUUCAUUUUUGUUCCUGAAUGCUCAUUCAAGUCGAUGUGGAAGGGGGAGGGGGUGUCCUCCCUGAGGAUGCACACUGGUACAUAAACCACAGAUAAAUGUCGCCUUGAAGGUGUUAAAUAACAAUGUAGUCUGAGGUGUUAGUCAUGUACUCUUUGCUCUUCUCUCUCUGGUGUAUUUCUCAAUGCUUUAUCAUCAUCAGAUAAUGGCAAAAAAAAUUGAAACAAAUCACACAUUGUGCUCUUUACACUAAAUAUACAUACUGCUAAAACAUUCUCAAUGAAUGGUACUGUCAAACUAAAUUUCUAUGUAUGAUUAAAAUCUCUUGAGAUGAAAGCUUU